CUACAGCUGACGCACCUGCCAUUGACCCCCUCACUCAGUUGCAUCUAAGUAACAUCUCAGAUCUGCCUUGUCAAACUCAAGCCAAGAUGGCUUCUAACAUUCGACAUCAUAUAUUUCUGUUUUUCUGCAUAAUAGCCACCUCCUUUGGGCAAAAAUGUGGAAGAGUAGACGAUAAUCAUCGCUUCGAUUGUUAUCCAGAGCUCGGUGCUUCGCAGCAGAAAUGCGAAGCGCGCGGUUGUUGCUGGGCUCCCGGGAAGUCCUGGCGGAACAACGCUGGAGUCAAACUCGAUGUGCCGUACUGCUAUUACCCCCUUGAUUUUCCAGGUUACAUCAACGGGCCACAAACGCAGACCAACUAUGGGUUUACAGCUAAUCUGAAAAGAACCACUCAGAGUUAUUAUCCAAAUGAUAUCAUGAAUUUAAAGAUGGAUGUGUAUUUUGAAACAGACACAAGACUCCGUGUGAAGAUCUAUGACCCCAACCAAUCAAGAUAUGAAGUCCCAAUUGUAACCCCACCAUUCACCUCCCUGCCAUCUAAUCCCACGUACAAAGUCCAGCUAUCUAGUGGACAAACAGGAUUUAAUGUCAUCAGGAAGGCAAAUCAAGAAGUCAUAUUUAACACCACCAUCAACCCAGGCUUCAUCUACUCUGACCAAUUCAUCCAAAUCUCUUCAUCUCUCUCCUCUUCCUUCGUCUACGGAUUGGGUGAGCAUCGGAGCAGUCUAGCGCUACCAACUGACUGGCAAAGCUUUGCAUUCUGGGCCAGAGACCAACCUCCCUCCCCUGAUGUGAACCUGUAUGGAGUGCAUCCAUUCUAUAUCAACUUGGAAUCAAAUGGAGAUGCCCAUGGGGUUUUUCUUCUUAAUAGCAAUGCUAUGGAUGCCAUCCUUCAGCCAGCUCCGGCCGUCACUUACAGGACCAUUGGCGGGAUCCUGGACUUCUACUUCUUCCUCGGACCUGACCCCAUCGACGUGGUCCGGCAAUACCAGGAGGUCAUCGGGAUGCCCUUCAUGCCCCCCAUGUGGGCCCUUGGGUUCCAUCUCUGUCGCUGGGGCUACGGAUCCGCCAACGGCACCAUGGCCGUUGUGGAGCGAAUGCGGCAGGCAAAGAUUCCCCAGGACGUGCAGUGGAACGAUAUUGAGUAUUCGGUGGGGCGGAAGGAUUUUACCCUAAAUCCGGACACCUUUGGCAAUCUGCCAACAUUGAUAGCUGACCUGCACGCUAACGGCCUUCACUACAUGCCCAUUGUUGAUCCAGCUAUCAGCAGCUCUCAGACCCCAGGAUCCUACCCUCCCUAUGAUGAUGGUGUCACUGAUAACAUCUUCACCAAGGCAGAUGAUGGGAGUAUAUUCAUCGGAAAGGUUUGGCCCGGUGACACGGCCUUCCCCGACUGGUUUCAUCCCAAUGUCACUCGCUGGUGGCAAUCUCAGGCUCAGACGUUCCACAAUGAUGUCAGCUUUGAUGGCAUGUGGCUGGACAUGAACGAGCCUUCCAACUUUGUAGAUGGGAGAGUGACAGGGGGUCAGCCUGGGUGUACCGGUAACAACUACGACAACCCUCCAUUCGUUCCUGGUGUUGGUGGUGGAACUUUGUAUUCCAAGACGCUGUGCCCCUCGGCAAAGCAGACUGGUAACAUUCAUUACAAUGUUCACAGCUUGUACGGAUUGUCAGAAGUGAUGGUCUCUUACACAGUGCUGGCAAACAUCCGUAAGAAGCGUCCCUUCAUCAUCUCUCGUUCAACCUUCCCAUCGUCCGGGAAGUACGGCGGUCACUGGUUGGGGGAUAACGCUAGUCAAUGGCCUGAGAUGCAUUCAUCCAUCACAGGUAUUCUCAACUUCAACAUGUUUGGUGUCCCGAUGGUAGGAGCGGAUAUCUGCGGUUUCAAUGGGGACACCAAUGAGGAGCUGUGCACGCGUUGGAUGCAGCUGGGUGCAUUCUACCCGUUCUCCCGCAAUCACAACACUCUCAAUGCCAAGGACCAAGAUCCAGCGAUUUUCAGCAAGGCCAGCCAAGACUCUAGCAGGAAUGCUCUUCACAUGCGAUACUCCCUUCUUCCAUAUCUUUACACACUGUUCCAAAGGGCCCAUGUUAAUGGGAGUAUGGUAGCCAGACCAUUGUUCUUCAAUUUCCCUCGUGAUCCGUCCCUUUACAAAGUUGACACCCAAUUCAUGCUUGGUGGCGCUGUGCUUGUUAGUCCUGUCCUUACCCAGGGGGCCACAUCUGUCUCAGCCACCUUUCCACCGGGUCGAUGGUACAGCAAUUCACCAGAGCCACCUCUGACGUUCAACAAGUCCACCUCCAUGUCAUUAGACGCCCCUCUCGGCAAGAUCAAUAUACAUUUUAGAGGGGGCUACAUCAUUCCCACGAUGGCGCCCGAGACGACGACAACUGCGACAGUCAAAAAUCCUGUCACGCUCCUUGUGUCAUUAGAUGAAAGUGGGAAUGCCAAAGGUCACAUGUAUUGGGAUGAUGGAGACGAGAUUGGCUCUUACGAGAAUGGAAAGUACAGCUCGUGGAGUUUCAGAGCCAAGAGCAACGGGCAGCAGAAUUCUGUGACGAGUUCGGUCGAUUACGACGGAUUCGCUGGAUCCUCGAAGAUGAUGUUCAAGGGAGGGAUCAUCCAAGGCGUCACUGCCAACCCUACCACAGUCACUCUGAAUGGUCAGAGAUGUAACGAUACAUAUGUGGAACAUGCACAGUUGCUUGACGUUGAAUGUCCGCCAGUUCCUUUCAACAAGCCUCUGACAUUGCAGUGGGAUUAGAAACCAUGCCAGCACCUCUAUCUCCAAGACGGAUGGACGAUCAAUUAAUGUUUUGAUUUAAUUCAGUGUGACAGACACUUCUUUCUGGGUUAUCAAAUGAAUAUGUUUAUGGAAGUAAUUGUUUACUUCUAGAUAUGUAUAUUGGUAUUUCAAAAGGAAUAUUAAUGGAUAAAAGCGUGUGUAUUACAUGAACAUCUGAAAUGUGGGUAGAGACAUAAAUGACUAGUUUCUAAUUCCAAAUCAACUUAGAAAGUAAAAGUGAAGUUAAAAGAAACCUUGAUUUUAAAGUGUACGUGGCUUAAUGUACAUGAAUGCGUAAAAGGAAACCAUAUUGUCUUUCUGUAGCCAUACAUGUAUGUAUAAUAUGUGUAUCAGGGGCCCAUCUUACAAAGAGUUAAAUUGAUUAUGGAAAUCCAUCAAUGUCAUCAAUUUUUCGAAAGGAAAUUCGCAAAAUGUCCUUUGAAAACAAAGGAGAACGCACCAAACUGUCAAGAAAUCGAUGAAUUUAUGAAUAUACGUCAUAUCUAGAAAAUUUCUUGAACAAUCAUGCAUUUUAUAUGUUGACUUUGUUGGCUUUCCAUUGUUGCGAUUGAUCAAUUGAAACUGUUGAUGUAAGAUGGGCUCCUGGUCAUUUUUUUUUCAAUGAAAAGGUACAUUAAUCAUGACUAGGGAUAUUGAGUUACAUGUACCUAUAUGAAUUUUUAUCAAGCUAAUGAAUACUUUUAUGUUAAAAAUUAUAAACUUGCAUGUAUUAAGUGCAAACAUGAUUUAUCAUUCUAUUGAUCGAACACAUCAUACAUGAUCUGCAUUGCUCAAAGUGAUGCAUUUUCCUGUCAAAGUUUGUAUGAUGUUGUCAAAAACAUUCAAAAUGUGUUAGAAAUUGCAAAAAGAAAAAUUUGUGCAAUCUCAAAUUCUUCGGGUAAUAGGUGCUUUAUACAUGUAUUUUGAGUUUUGUUCCCUUAGUUGAAUGAAGAAUUAUAAAUGGCUUCAUAUUUUGUCUAUUUUUGUAACUUUUGUAAAUUUCCAUCAGAUCAUGCCUGCUAUCGCUAAUGAUAUUUUAAUCGUGUGUAAUAUGAUUUGUACCGAUUCGUUUUUCGAUGUGAAAAUUGUGUGUUUUUGUCACUAUGCAUGAUCAAUGAGAUCGCCCAGCCUCUGGGCCAGUGAUUAAAUUCUAACAGUAGUCAAAACAUGACUUCCUCCUAUUAAAAUCAAAAUACAUGGAGCAUUAAUUUUCUAGAUUUUGAAACAGCUUUUUUCACUGUGAAAGUGUUUCUACACUUCUGGGAUAACUGUUGUAUAAAAAUAAAAUUGAUUUUUAAUUCAAUCCAUGCAUGAGUGAGCACAUGUCAAACACUUGCUUAUAUAUUUUUAAAGUUUUCAGGUUACAUAUCUUUUUUUUUCCUUAUUGAGAUUGCAUUUUUGGAUGUCCUGUCAUUUAUUUCAGUGUGUGCUCACUGAUCUUUACCAAAACAAACUACCUCUUGUGUUUAUAUAAUUGAAAUAGACAACACACAAGUCAAUUACAUACUGUAUAGUGUGGCCGGGAACUACUGAUCAAGAUAAAUUGCUCAAAACCGUUUCAGUGAAAAAGAUCUUUACAAUUUGAUUUGGGGGAAAUUAAUUUUUGUGUUGUCGGUACUUAAUUUGCAACUGAAUCAUUGUUAAGGGUGCAUUUCACGAAACUUUUAAUCAGUUUCAAGAGUGAAAUGAAAUCUUCCAUGUAGAUCCUAUAAAGCCAAUCACGACAUCUUAAGCAUUGCUACUUAUAGUGGACUUGCCGUUGAUAGCGAUGCGUUUGUUGCUCGACAUAGAUGGUAUCAUUUCCUUUCAUGGACAGACUUCAAAUCCAUGAUUUCAAGAGAAGCUUGAAAAAUUAUCAGUACCGAUUAUAAAGAUGGCAAGUAAGAUGUAUUGAGAUGUUUUGUUGCAUGAAUUAUAUUUUGUUGCUGUACAACUUGCGACUUUGAAUCAAUUAUGAAAUGUUUCAGUUUUCUCUGUUGAUCAAGAUUUUGAUCAAGUAGUCUUCCUCUUAUAUUUUUCUCUUAUUUUGAUUUCAUCUUGAAUCCAUACUUCAAGUGGAUCUUACUACUGCAGAUAAGGCCCGUUAUGCCACUGCCGUGGGGGGGGGGGUGAUAGCUUGUUGGUUCAGUAGUCCAUUGCAUACAUUUUAAGCAUCAUAGCAAUGGUGGCAGUCUCAUAUUGUCUGGAAACAGUCUCCUGAUACCUGUGAAGAACUCUUUCAAGGCAAAAGAAAAUUGCUACCCAUUUUUUUAGUUCAAUUUUAGUUUAUUCUAAGCUGCUGUAAAAAUAUUUAAAUUUUGAGAUACAAGGUUUUAUCAGCACAGCCAAGAUAUAUCAACAGAAAAUGCACAUCACUUAUUUAGUGAUUCAUAUUACAUUAAUUAAGCUUUAAAAAUAUAUAAAUUUCUUUCCUAAUAACAGUUGGCUAAUGAAAGUAUUACAAAAGAGUAACAAUUCAAAUUCACUUACAGUAACCGCUGACAAGAAUGCUUGGAAGACGGGAGCAGUCCGUGUCCAGUGCAGAGAAAUGUGGUGUAACUUAGCUUGAAAAUACAAGAAACUGCCACACCUGAAUAACAAGUACAAAAACAUGCCGUCGUUGC